GACAUUUCUCCUGGAAGAGUCUCACUUGCGAGAGAUUAACAUUUGCAACUUGGCCAGUCAGGGAGGACCAGGUGGUACUGGACAUCUGAGCUGCGGAAGCACAUUUAAGCAUUUUAAGAAGUUGUUAUCUGUCAGUGGCAGGCUGUCUUGACUGCCCUUGGGUAGAAACAAAUUUUACCCCAUGAUAAGUAGCUUGAAAUUGUUACAUCUUUGCAUAUCAUUACACCAUUUGUUGCCCUUUGAGAAGGAGACAAAAAGUAUAUAGACUGUGGUAAGUAGGUCAUUAGCUGAACCAUCUAGUUUAUCUUGCAUUCUUCAGACACUAACUCUGAACUGAUAGUUUGAAACGCAGAAACAGCUUUGCAGGGUUUAUUAAUAGCAAUGAACCAAACAUGCUGCUAGGACUGGGCUACAGCAGCUAAGAACUACAUUUAAUUAUCAAAUCAAUGUCAAUUAAAAUUGAACUCAAUGAUUCAAAAGUAAUUAUAUAGGUCACAAAAGGAGUGCAGCCAAAAAGAAAAUUAUCAUGUCAAUGUAUCAAGUUAAGUAAAUUCUUUAAAUAAAAAUCAGAAAUAACAAUAGAGUUUAAGUCCCAGUUAUUGUGUUUUCCAAAGUAGAAAAAUUAAGACAAUUGACUUAAUCAUUUAGUGUUUAAAACAAGUUACUGUACUUCAAAGUAACCUGCUACCCUCUUUUAACCCUCUCCUUUCCUCAUGGCCUGAAUCAGACAGCUGGAUUUACCAACUUUCAUUUCUCUCUAUAGCUGGCAGAGUGAAACUAGCAAGCAGCUGAGUCUUAAAUUCACCUGCUGCAUUCACCAAGGUACAAUUUCCAGGUGACAAAGUUGCUGUGAUGCUGCAGAAGAGCAGCUCUGACGGAGAGUUCCAGAGGGCGGAGGACGAGAUGUCUAAUGCUGGACCUUCCGCGGGCGGGCCGGUCCAGGGGGGCGGCAGGGGGUGGCAGCGCCGUGUCCGGCAGCGGGAGCGACAGUGAGAGCGGUGCUUGGGACCGCCCCGGCUCCCAUUGGCUCGGGGUUCCCUAAGGGGCUCGGCGCGGCUCCAUAAAGGCAGCCCGUCCGCCCAUCCGUCCGACUGUCCCCGCCCGGCCAUGCCCUCGCCACCGCCCGCCCUCCCCUUGCUCCUGGCCGCCUGCUGCCUCUGCGCCCUCCCGCGGGGCUCAGGGUUCCCGCAGCCUUUCUCGCGCUACCGGGACGGUGUGUUGGAGCUGCCCCAAAACCAGCAACUGGCAUUGUGUUUCAGUCAGUGGAUGGAAAUGUCCAAUGAACCCCAGAUUUCCAGCAGUGUUUUGGAUCUCUGUUAUUCCAUAUUCAACAGCAUGCAUAAAAAUGAGGAAUCACAGAUUGCUUCUGCAAAGUUUACGAAGAAGGACAGUCAUGGGACUCUGGGACGGCCUUUUUUCCUUUUCAGGCCUCGAAAUGGAAGAACUAUCAAAGGCAGUGAAUACCAUGGAAUAUGAAGUUCAUGGGUUAAUUUACCAGCUUGAUGACUUGAUUUACAUAAAGAAAGGAGACUUCCCAUUGCACUGGUUGUCUGUUAUGUGAC